CUCGGCCCGGUCGCUGCUCUCCGCUGAUGUGUGCUGUGGAUGACAACCGUCCAGCUCGUCGCAACAACAGCAGCAGCGGCGACGGAGGAUUCAUCACCACGGCAGCCGAGGGGGGGAGUGAAGCGAACCGGAGGACAGCAGCGGCAGCAGAGAGAAAGGGGGAGGAAAAAAAAGGAUUUACCGUCCAAGCAUGGCUCCCCAAACGACAGCAUCAUGCACUGGAUCCACUCUGUUGCAGCCCAUCAGCGAGAUUAUCAACCUCCCUCUCGACCAGGUUAACUUUGUGGCAUCUCAGUUGUUCGCCCUGCUGAUGGCUGUGUGGUUUCGGCUCUACCUCCACCCCAGUAAGACCAGCCCCUUCAUCAGACAUGUGGUGGCCACUCUGCUGGGCUUCUACUUGGCUCUCUUCUGUUUUGGCUGGUAUUCCCUCCAUUUCUUGGUACAGAGUGGUCUGUCCUACAGUGUGAUGGUCUUUGCUGGCCUGGAGCACAUGCACAAGUACUGCUUCAUUGUGACACUCGGAUAUCUGAUAUUGUGUCAGAUCACACGAGUGUACGUGUUUGACUACGGCAUGUACUCUGCAGAUUUUACAGGGCCCAUGAUGGUUAUAACACAGAAGAUUACCAGCUUGGCAUUUGAAAUACAUGAUGGUUUGACCAAGCGAGAAAGUCAGCUGACCCCCAGUCAGAAAUACCUAGCUGUCAGUCGGAUGCCCAGUUUGCUGGAAUACCUGAGCUACAACUGUAACUUCAUGGGCAUCCUGGCAGGGCCCACCUGCUCCUACAAUGACUACAUGGCCUUCAUUGAGGGGACGGGCUACCAGCCACGGCACCAGGAGAACGCCAACGGCAAGGAGAAUGGAAAGUACAAGCAGAGUGAACCCUCAUCAAAGAAUGACGUCAUCUCCAAGCUGUGUACAUGUGCCAUCUCACUGGCCAUCUAUCUGUCGCUGUGCAAGCUGCUGCCAGUGGAGCACUCCAUCGACGAUGACUUUGUCAACUCCACACCCUUCCUUCACCAGGUCAUCUACCUUUACCUGGCAAUGCUGGCUCUGAGGCCAAAGUACUACUUUGUCUGGACACUUGCUGACGCCAUCAACAACGCAGCCGGAUUUGGCUUCAAUGGAUACAACAUAGAUGGCUCCCCACGGUGGGACCUUAUAUCCAAUCUCAGAAUUCUGGAUAUUGAGUUUGCCACCAGUUUCAAGAUGUUCCUAGACAACUGGAAUAUUCAAACAGCUCUUUGGCUCAAAAGGGUGUGCUACGAGCGCUGUGCCAUUAACCCCACUGCUGCCACCUUCCUGCUGUCAGCCAUGUGGCACGGGGUCUACCCAGGCUACUUCCUUACCUUCCUCACUGGAAUCGCCAUGACCAUGGCUGCACGUGCAAUAAGACACAACAUCAGACCAUACUUCCUGGUGUCUGACUCGUACAAAUGCAUCUAUGAUGUCAUCACGUGGGCGUGGACUCAGGUUGCCAUUAGUUACACAGUGGUGCCAUUCGUCUUACUUGCUGUGGGACCCUCGCUCAAAUUCUACAGGUGUUGGUACUUCUGCUUACACCUUCUAUGUCUGCUGGUGGUUCUGGCCCUACCUGUCAGAUCGAGACGCCGGCAGCCCAAAGAGCAGCAGGACAUCCUCCAGAAGGACAGCGUACAGGACAACGAGACAGAUCACAACAGCACAGACAACAACUGCAACCAGAAAGACAAGGCCACAUGAGGCCCGGGAUAAGCGACGCACAGUCCCAUCAGCAGCAGAAACACUGAGAUGAACUACGAAAACACUGAGAGCUGGAGUGUGUCGAGUCUGUUUACCUGACAAAGAACCAAAUAUCUCUGAGAAUCCUAUCAAACAGAAAAAAACACAAGUCAACAUCCUGUCAAAACUUCCAGUAGCAAGGAUGACAGCAAUCACACUUCUGACGUGGAUGAGAGACCAACAUGAAGCAAUGGCCACGGUGUAAACUAAUGAGUGCUAGUGGUUACUUUACAUUAGUGAAAAUGGAGAUUUUCAAGCUGCCUUAAACCCUCUAUGUACUCUGCAGGUGAAACAGCAGUUUGGAUGGCACGCUGCAGGAACCUAAAUGCAGUGACUCUAUUGGGGUGUUGUGUUAUAUAAAGAGAAAAGAAGUGCAGUAUGUGGAGGGUUUUUGUCAUUGUCUGGAUACAAGCCUCUGUUAGGUGGAAACAGAAAACGUACACAUGUAAAAGAAACAUAACCUUUAUCAUCAGCUGCCAAUUUCAAACAGGCCUUAGGAUCCUCAAAAUAUUGUUUGAUUUCUAUGUCUUUUUAAAAAAAUCUUUAUUCAAGAAGAACUCACAUUGUGCGUGUUUUGUAUUUAGAUGUUUGUGACAACACUAUUUGAAAUUCAUUCUUUUUUUUGGUUUUGUUUGUUGUCUUCUGGGAUGAAUUGACCAAGAGUCCAAAAGUGAAAUUCAGAUCUCGUCCGUGUCCAGCAGUGGACGGUUUAAAAGAAGAAAAGGCACUCAUGAGUUACUAAAUGGAUUUUUGUUUCUUUUUGUAUUUGUCAUAUCUGCUUCUCUUUUGACAAACAUGAUCCAUCAGAUAAAUGUGCGUUCCAAAGGGAGUUUAUUUAUCCUCUCGUGAUUUACAAUACUUUUUUCUUUUCUGUUUUUUUAGAGUUCAGAGGUGUGAUUUUUUUUUUUUAAUCUACUCAUAUUUUUCACACAACAGGUUUCCUCUGUGUUCAGAUGUAUUGCUUCUGAAAUACAAGUUCCAUUAAUAGAAGUCCAAAUUAAGAGUUAAGGAAAGAUAAUGGAUUAUUUACAACCUUGUUAACUAUUUCGACAGUUUAAGUAUUAGUGUACAACCCUAAAAAUGCAACAUAAAUCUAAUCAGAUCACCACAUUGACUUAAUUGUUACAAUUUUAUAGCCAUAACUAUUAAAAUCCAACUGAAUGUAGAAGAGUCCAAUUGAAGCACAGUGCAUAAAGGCACAUAUUGGCAUAUUCAGGCUACAACUUUUCCAAGUUUGCAAUUUGCAUUUGUCUGUGAGGAAAUCUGACACAGUUACUUAUGUAUGUGACAUAAUAAAAUUGUACAAAACUCAAAGACAUAGACCAGCUGUUGUGGUUAAAUGGUAUUAUUUCAUAUUGUGUACACUUAAUAUUAGAGUAGAGGAUGUUUCAGGGAGCAUUUACUGUACGGUGUAAGAGACACUGGUUCCUUAUGUUGUUUUGGUCCACGGCUCACCAUAGGCCUUUCAAUCAUCCAAUUUACUCUUUACAACACACUGAUGUUCAAACAUGCAUCCUUGUGAAAGUUUUCACUUCAUUAAAUGGAACUGGCAAAGAAGAUGCAACCCAAAGGCACCUCACUGUUUUAAAAAUAAAAUGACACGUUUGUGUAUCCAUUAGAGCAGAUAUAAUCUGGCAACAAGCCGACAAUAUCGUGACAUUUAGAAGUUACGCUUUUUUUUUCUCUUUCUCUCUAAAAAUCUGUCAGUAACUUGAGUUGACUUGGUGCAUUUGUGUUAAUGUAAAGUAAUAACAAAGCAGCAGAGGUGGGCUUUGAAGUGCGCACCUCGUUUCAUUUCUUUUUAAGACUUUCUAACAUUUGCAUAUUCCUGCCAUAACUGUGCGUGUGUGUACCAGUAUUCAUGUGAUCCGUACAUGUUGAUGUGAUCUCAAGUGAACUAUAUUUGUAGCCUGGGCCCUGUGUAGGCGAGCGCGGCCCACCUAAAGAAAAGGGAUGUCAUUCUACAAACAUAGCGAUUAUUGCACUGCAUGGCCACCCAAACCAGCAGAUAAAUGCAAACUGCUCCAUAUGUCCAAAGUGCCAAAUCAUGAAUGGCGCAUUUUGUUUUUGUGCGUAUGUAUGCAUGUGUGCCUGCGUGUGUGUUUGUGUGCGUGUGCGCGCCUGUGUAACAUAAUGGUUAUUUUUGUGUCAGAAGGAAAUUUAUUGAAAGAUUUGUAUAACAGUACAUUAAAAUUCUGAUUUAUGUGGCAAAAUAAAGAGAAAUUAUUUUUAAACACUAAAA